AGUCUCACCCGUGAGUCCUGCUGUGAACCUCUAUAUGUGCAGAACAAAUAUAAUCUAUGUAAACACUAGUUUAAGUUGCCAAUGAUUCCUGGUGUUGGUUUGUUUUCCAGUCAGAGAAAGCUUAUCAGGAAGUUCCUCAAACAAAUGAACGUGACAAUAGGCGACCUGGACGAAAUCAUCGAGUGGGUGGUGUGUGUCUCCAGUGAGGUGUUCCUCCCAGUGAUGGCUCUGCACAGGACCUCCAGACCAGAGUCGUCAGACUCGUCCCACUGGGGGUCAGGUGUGCUCCAGAUCGUCUCUGAAAAGUUCCACCAGCGGAGUUCUGAGCCGAAGGGAAGGCUCCUGGGCGGACAGCCGCCCACUCCCCCUUCUGAGACCGACAAGGAGCUUCAGGGCAUAGCAGAUCUGUCUGUGAGUAACAUCCUGAAAAGGGCCCAGGAGGACCUCUUCUCUUCUGGUGAGGAUGACCUGGAGAACACCCAUCCAGGUAUUACUCUGACAGAAGAGAAGCUCUCCAGCAUCUUCUCAGAGCUGUUCAGGGAUGCCUGUGAGAGUGCCCAGGAGGCCGCCAGACGGAUCCACCACAUGAGGUCUGGAAGAGGCAACAACAGCCAGAAUGGGAGUUGGCCUGGGUCGUCACAGGGAUCGAGCAAAUCCAACAUGCCAGAGUUGGGAGAACUGGGGUCAGUGAGGAGUCCCAAGGGAAGUGACGUCCAUAAAGUUCUUAGCGAGGGGUCCCUCCCUGUCUUUGCCCUGUUUGAGGAGAGGCCAGGGGAAGUUGGGGAGACCAGCAGCCCUGCUGGGGAGAUGGACGAGACACAGACUGCCAGCACUCCCAGCAUUCCCCGGUCUGGGCAUGGCGGCAGAAGGAGUAGCCAGACCACCACUCCCACCCCCGGCCACAGAGAGGCAGGAUUCACAGCCAGUAACAUCUUUGAUGUUAUUAUUCAUCUGGCGCACUCUGACACUGACCGGGAACUCCACCAGGAGUUCAGCAGUGAGGAUGAUGUUUCACUGAAUGACAUCAUGGACAUGAAGUCAACCCUGGCCCUGGGUCAGAUCCUGUCCUCAUGGAAGCUGGUCAACAUGAUCUUCAGGGGGAAGGUCCACUACUUUGGGAAGGAGCUCAUCUGCAAGGUGUAUCAGAUGCUUCUGGACACCGGUAUGGGCAGGAGGCCAAUGGCCCGCCAGAGCAGGUCCGAGCCCAUCCUGAAAGACCUGGCUGCCAACCGUAGGCUCUCCAAUGAAUUCUUCACAGACGUGCUGUACAUGUUCAUCCAACGGGCCAUUAAGAAUCUGCUGGAGAACUUCUUGGGUCUGCCGACCACCCCACCAGGUAGAGACAUUAUGUGGAAUGACAACUUUAACUGGAUGUAUAGGGACGGCUGGGGGAACACCCCCACAUCCAGCGAGGAGGAAUUGUGGGACAGCGACUCCACCUGGUCAAGUGGGCAUGGGGAGGAGGAAGGGACAGAGUCCCGUGGGAGGUGGGCCGCUCUGUUGGAGAAGGGCAGCUUACUGACCCUCCAUUCCUCCAGCUCCCUCUCCCUCUCCGAUGACAACAAGGAGGCACUAGGGGCCGUCUGCCAGGUCCUGACCACCAGGGUGGGAGACAUCCUGAACAAUACCUGCAACGACGAUUGCAAGGCCAGGCUCAUCAUCCAGAAAGGAUUGGAUUCCGGUGCCAGGGAAAGGUUCCCUGACUCUCCGUGUCCCUCUUCACCCAAGGACGAAGAGGAGGUGGUUGUGAGUGCCAUGACUGUCUCAUACCCUAAACCCUCCACCUCAACCCAGGCAGCAUGGGCAGCUCCUGCCCAGACUCUGGACGUUUUUCUGCCCAGACCAUGCCUGGAUGAAGAAGAGGUAGUGCCCAGCACCUCCUUGAAGGACAACUCUGUGACAACCACCCAUGCAGCACUGGCAGCUCCUUCCCAGAGCCUGGAAGAAGAGGUGGGAGAAGCUGAGGUGUCCCACGUGAGUGAGAGCUCCCUGAUGCCCACCAAGGCCAUUGAGAAGAUUCCCUCCCUCCUACCAGGCAAGAUCCUUAUCGAGGAGGACACCCUCAGUUGCAGCACUCCCUGGGCCACCGUCAUGAGCCCCCAGACCCUGAAGUUCAUCCUCCACGGCAUCAUGUGCCGACUGGAGGCCUCAGAGUCCCCCCAGACAAGGAGGGCCAAUGACCCCUUCAGGCUGAUGAAGGAUCUCUUUCUGGAGGUCCAGCAUGCCCUGAAGUAUGCUGACAUCUCUGUCCUCUUUGGCCUGGAGGAGAGCAUCCAAUUCAUUGGGGAGGAUGCGGUGAAGGCCAUCGUGAAGACUGCAGCUAAAAGAUUGUCCCUGCGUUCGGACUCCAACCGGGCUCAACUGCGUGCCGCGCGCUCUGGUGGUGAGGCAGCCAUCAGGUGCAUGGCGGACACCAUCACACAAGUCAUAGAUGACUAUUCCGAGGACUGGAGUUCCGGUGGCCAUUUUGGAGCCAGGAGGAGCCGUGCUAGUGGGAGGUCACACUCCUCAACCUCCUCAAGGAGUGACGUCACCCUCACCGAGGAGCUCCUGGCCCGGAGGGAAUCCCUUGAAGAGGACCUAGCGGAGAUGGCUGAUGACAGCACUGGUUUGGAGAAGACCAUUGUAAGCUCAGCCAUCUCUGCCAAGUCCCAGGUAAUUAGCUACAUUUCAGACAGCUCCGAGCCCAACAGCUGUGCCCUCUUCACAGACCUCGAGGACAUCACCUCCACACAUGUGAGACAGACAAGAACUAGUAGAUUGUUUAGUUAUUUGGGCUGUUUGAUUGUGAGGCAUCAACUCAAAUCUGUUUCUCUCUCUACGAAGGAGAAGGAGAAGGAAGAGGCUAUGAAGGAAGAAGUGAGGAAGUCAGGAAAGAAGAGGCGAAGAAAUAACAAGGACCAGAAGAAGAACAAGGUGUCUCCUCUUGGCAAUGAUAGUACUGUGGCUGCAGAUGAGCCGAAGAAAAAACAGUCUCUCCUCCCGCGGAUCACAGCUGCCCUGGCAAGACUAUUUUGCUUCCCCUGCAAAAAAAGAUGCAAAAAGUAACUGCAGAGACGAGUUUGGGAAACCCUGAUACCACCUCCCCCAACCCACUUUCUAAAAAAACAUCAGUGCCACCAGAAGAGGGAGACAACCCCCCCUAACUAAUUUGAUUACCCCCCCCAUUUAAUUUAAUAAACACAACUUUCAGCUAUUUUGAUCUUCUUUACUUUUUUUUUUACAGACCCACCUGCAUGCUAUAGAUUCGUAAGGUCAAUUUGCUGUGUACUGUCUACAGUAUCAUUGUUAUGAGUAGGUUCACUGUGUCAGUCAUUAUUUUUACCUUUAUUUAACUAGGCAAGUUAGUUUAGAACAAAUUCUUAUUUUCAAUGACGACCU